AUGAAUAAGCUCAUACAUAUUGGAUCAGUUUUAUUGCUUCUUCUAUGGAUUUUUAUCAAUAUAAUUCUCUAUGAGGUUCCAGGAGAAGAUGAUUCAGAGCUAAAUGAGCCUCUAGACGUUGACGCCGACAUUUUGAUUGAUUCUUCUCCAGAGCCUGACAGUGAAAACCAAAUUGAUUCUCCAUUAGAUUCAGAUCUCGAAAUCAGCGAAAUCCUUAGAAAUAAUCGUUUAAGUAUAUUAGAUGAUGAAAUUUCUAUCAACCCACUCAAAUUGGCUUGCAAGCCUGAGUCUUUUGGAUAUAGUGAGGAAGAAGCCUCCCUUUUAUUCCCAAAUAUUGAAUACCCAAGGUGCGAAGAAAGGUUCAAAUCAAGCCCAGAAAUGUUUUAUAUUGACCGCAAGGACAAUACUUUGCAUAUGAAUUGUACUGGAAAAGUAGCUUUAGGGGCGACAGAGUAUAAUGAAGAAUUUGGAAAAUACCAAUUUGCUAUACCUUUUUAUAAAGAUUAAUUAAUUAAAUUAAUGAUAAACGCUAUGGGAGUAUUCUCUAUAAAUGAAUAUAAUAUGAUUACAGAAUAUGGAGGGCCCAUUCCACUAGAGACACAGGAAUAUGCGUUUGGGACCUGCGAUUUUUUUAAAAAGACAGACUUCGAGCAUGUUGCUUAUAAGUUAAAGCCAAAAGAGCAGUCUUUGCAAAGAGCUAAAGCUUCUUUGCGAAGCAAACCUAUAAAUAUUGUUAUGCUGGUAUUAGACUCCGUUUCUAGAAGGAUGUUUUUUACUCCUCCUAUCUUUUUUAUGAACGAAGAUUUUUUAUAAAAAUAUUUUGCAUAAAAUUUAUAAAUUCAAUUUAUUUUUUAUUUAUAAAAUUCUCCAAUAAAUUUAAAUGUAAAAUUUGUUAAAACAAUUGAGGAAGAUUAGAAAACUCCCUAAAUCGUUUGAAUUUUUAAAUUCAAAUGCAAAAAAUUUUUCAUUUUUUGAUUUUAAGCUUCAUCACGUUAUGGGCCAAAAUUCUGCAGCAAGUUUUAUGCCUACUUUUUAUGGAGACAUGGAAUUUAUACAGAUUUUAAUUAAAUAAAAAUUAUUUAAUAAAAUUUUUAGUAGCACCAAUACUAUAUUAAGAAAAAAAUUAAAAUAUCGAUAUUUUUGACACAGUUAUUUUUUGCUUUUAAUUCAAUAUAAUAAAAUAUGGGCAGCAAAGAAGAAUACAUAGCGGAGAUUUGUUUUAUAAUGUCUCUAUAUGAAAAUAUUUCCAUGAGCGAGGAUUUGUGACGAUGAUGGGAAUGGAUAAUUGUGGGGAUAAUUUGGCAAGCUAUAUAGGAAGAAAUCCUAAAGUUGAUCAUACGAUGGGCUCGCUUUGAUGUGCAGCUUAUGCUAUGUAUGGGUAUAUGGAAAGUUUAAAAAAGGAAAGAUGCAUUGGAAAUAAAAAUGCUCACGCUUGGAUGAUGGACUAUAUUUUGGACUUUUCAGAAACCUAUAAAGAUGUAUCAAGGUAUACUUAUAUGCAUAUAGAUACAGCACAUGAGGAAACAGGAACUGUUGUCUCUACAAUAGAUUUAGACUUAAAACAUUUCCUUCAAGAUUUUACUAGCAGAAAUGAAGAUUAUGUAUUAUUCCUAAUGGGAGAUCACGGGAUGAGAUAUGGGCCAUGGUUUAAAUCAAAAGACGGCUCACAUGAGCAUAGAUUGCCACUUUUAUUAACAAUAGUGAAAAAUUCCGUUUUGGAAAAUAUUCCUAACAGUGCAAAAGCCUUGUUUCACAAUUCAAAUAGGCUCCUAAGUAUUCUUUUUUAAAAUUACUAUUGCCAUAAUUGUAGAUUUAUUAGAAAUUUUGCCUUUUUUUUUUAACCUUUUAUAUCCAUUUUUCCAAAAUUAAUCUAAACCAGCAUAAACUUGAUUUCCACACAACUUUACAACAUUUUGCCAACUACCCUGACAUGGAAUUCAACAAAACUGAAAUCAGAAAAAAAUCUUCAACAACUAAAAAGACUUACAAUCUGUUCCACGAUUAUAUCCCUUCAAGCAGAACUUGUGAAGAUGCUGGGAUCCCUUCUUAUUGAUGCAGCUGCAAGCCUUUUAAGGAAAUUACUGGGAACCAAAACUCAAAACAAUACAACUAUUUAACAGUUAAUGUUAUAAAAGAAUUUAAUACAGAAAAUAAAGUCGAACAAGACAAGUACUGCCUAAAGCUAAAUUUAGAUAAAACCGCAUAUAUAGGAAAAAUGGAAGACGGAGAUGUAGAUUAUUAUAAAAUAAAAUUUACAGUCAUAGAGAAAGCUUCAGCACUAUUUGAGGUAAUUAUCAGACUUUCAGAUAAUAAAAUAUGGCGUCUUCGUCUGGGCAUGGCCUCCCGGCCAUGCAUACUCGACUUAUAUUUUAUUUAUAUCCGGUAAGGUUUUACUACUUCAGAAAUGGACAGCAAUGCUAGGUAAGCAAUUCUGGUUGUGUUCAGAGCCUAGCCCAAGUCUAAAUUCAGAGGUGGUGUUUUUUCCUCGUGGGGAAGACGAGCACGGAAGUUGGAAAGGGGAAGCCCAGCAGAGUCCUCAGGACCAAUCGGGCAACUCCCUAGCGUGAAACUGGGCGUUACGUCCCAGGCUUUCGAGUUCCACCUUCUACCGACAGUCGACCAGAAAAUCCAUUUUUUAUGGAUUUUCGGAAAGACAACCCACGUAUGUGCGAAUCCCUCGUUUGAGGCAAUGAGGAGGGUGUCCGCCGAGGCCUCACCAUAGGCGAUGAGCGUGUAGGGGUGCAAAUCCCUGGCCCUGCAAGUGCGAACGGCUAAUCUUAAUCUUAAUCUUAAUCAGACUUUCAGAGAAAAAAAUAACAAAAAAAGAAGCUGAAUAUUUUGACGUAAAAAAUAUCACUUUUGGGGAAAUGAAAUAUUAUAAUAUUAUGAACGUGAAUAGGCUGGACUCGUAUGAUAGUGUCUGCAAAGACGAAAUUGUUAGCAAGGGAUAUGAUCCAACUUAUUGUAUAUGUGAUGAGCUUGAAUUUAUGAGAAAUUCCAUUAAAGGCACAGAUGAUGAGAAUAACUCAAAAAAUCCAUAA